UUUUAGUAAAUAGCAACCGGAAAAUAUAAGUCACACCUUUUGUCGUUGUAAAAAGACAAAUUACUAAACCGUUACAGUUAUCUUCAAUUUUCAUUUUUCUGGGGAUUCUUCUUUUUUCCGAGCCUUUUUUCUUCAACAGCUUUAAACUUUUUAAGAAACUUGUUGCUUGCUUGCUAUUUGUUUUUCACACUUCACACACGCAUACGAAUACGCAUAGUUGCCGCUUCAGUUUCCUUGCCGUAUAGCUUUGAUUUGUAUCUGUGACUGAAACUGCAAAUUUCUUCUUCUUCAAGAUAAGAGGAUUUGGGCUCGCUUGUUUCUUCUUCAUGCUCAAAAUUUGUUCCAACCUUCGCCUCAAAAGCGUUGAGUUUCCAUCCAAUUUCACUUCAUUUGCUGCAAACAUAUAGAUUCUAGUGUUUCAUGUGUGGGAAUCCGAUGGGUGAUGAUGAUGAUACUUUGUCUGAGAUUUGUGCACUAAAAGAUGCACUAUGUGCUCAGCAGGAGCUUCUGCAGAAGCUCUACAGUGAUUUGGAUGCAGAGAGGGAGGCCUCUGCCUCUGCCGCCAGCGAGGCCUUGGCCGUGAUCCUCCGGCUUCAGGGCGAGAAGGCCGCGGUGCAGAUGGAGGCCGACCAUUACAAGAGGCUCUCAGAGGAGAAGAUAUGCCAUGCUGAGGAAUCUCUAGCUAUGAUUGAAGAUACAGUUUAUCAGAAGGAAAUGGAGGUGGCUGCAUUGGACUAUCAACUGCAGGCUUAUAGGUCUAAGUUGUUGAGCGUUGGUUGUGAUGAACAUGGCUUUGGUGGGGAGACGAGCCGCAUUGGGAGAAGGCAUUCUUUGCCCAUUUCGUGUAGGGGGGAGAAGGAUCUGGUUUGUGGUGAUGUGGAGGGGAAGGUGGUUGAGGAAAUGUGUUUGGAUUCGGGGAAAAAGAUUGAUGGCUAUUGGGAGAAGAUUAGGAGGUUGGAUGAGAGGGUGAAGGAGAUUGCAGGAGGAAGUUCUUCUUCUAGGAGUGAGACACGGUCUCCCUCUUCAUCGUUAGCUUCACGUCUGAGUAGGGGGAGUUCAUGUGAUCCAACGAGGGACACUGGCAGUUCGUGUCAGCCAAACAGGAUGAUGGAUGGAAUUGGUGAGGCUAAGAGUUCAGGCGGUGUAGCUGCUGAUGGUUCUUGUUCAACGAGCAUUCAUGACGUGUUUGAAGUUCCACAAGCUGAUGAGAGGUGUGAAUCAAUGGAGAAAGAUGAAAUCAAGAUACUUGAAAAGGAAGAUGUUGUUUUUCCAGAGGCUGUGAAGAUGGCUAGAGAUGAGCCCAAGUGGUUUAAGAAUGUGUUGCAGUCGAGCCAAGUGAGUGAUGUGGAGUGCGGUUUGGUAGUUGUGCCUGCUGCAACGAGCAUUGCUCAGUUCCAUAUGACGAUGAGUCAAGUUGGUGGGAGAUCAGAGAUUAUGGAAGAUGACAGAUCGGUAAGAUGUAGUAGCAGAGAAGAAGAACUGAAAUUGUUGCAUGAGCUUAAAGAGAAAGUGAAUUUGUUGCAUGAUGAGAUCAGGAGUUUGAAGGGGAAGAAACCAUCCCCUGUUAGAAAAGAAGAAAAAGAAGAGACGUCCUUGGCUAUGGCUCUUCUCGCAGAGGCAAUGCUUUCCUUUUGGCUGUGAGCUGUGAUAGAAGUUAUAGAGAUCAACCUGCUGAUUUAACCGACACUUGCGUAUUGUAUGUUCUCUCUCUGCCCUCUCUCAUCAACGCCUCAUUGUGUAAGAUCUUUGUCAAUAAUUACUGUAUUUAUUUUUAUUUUUUUCCUGUAAUUGAUCAAGAGUUGGCUUUGGAUUUUUUUGGUUUGUGUUUUGGGUUUUGGUUGCAGCUGCAUAGUUCUUUUGUACAGAAUGAAUACAGCCAUGUUACAUAUAAAUGAUAUAAUCAAGAAUGUAUUGCAUCUCACUGUCUCUGUGUCUCUCUCUCUCUCUCUCUCUCAAUAUAUUGUGAGCAAGCAUGCAUAAGUAAUUCGAUUGUGUAAAGCAGCAUAUGGAGAAAAGGCAAAAAACUGGAAAGACAACUGUGAUUAAUGGCACUAGAAUUAUUAGCAAUUUAUUGCAGAAAUGAUGUUUCAAACACACGAGAUCAUCCGCGCAUCAUCAGCUCACAAGGGAGACUACGAAUCACUCAACAGUUCCAUCUCCGGCAUGGACUUCCCAGACAGGAACGACUUGAUGAGCGUCAGAGCUUGCUUCGGCUUAUGCAGGGGAACUUCAUGGCCGGCUCCUCUCACUGUCACGAAUGUCAGCCCCUCGUAUUCUUCUGUCCAUCCGCCUACCUGUUUGCCAAACUAAACGAAAAUUCAAGUCCGAUCAGUAAUUGACCAGAAUCAGAUGGUGGUGAGAUGAGAACAGAAAGCUGACCUGGCCAUCAUCGUACCAAGCGCGCCAAGGCCUAACUGUCUGAAGCUUCAUAGCAUUUAUAUUGUAGCGGGUCGAAGUCACCGGAAUUACAGCAUCCGUGUCACCACUGUCCACAUAUGGAACAUUGUAUUGAAAAUGUACUCUUUUAAAGGAGACAGAUUAGGCCAAUGAAUGGAGCCAAUGUUGAAUGUUA